AACGGGGAAAAUGUGCGUGUGCGUCGGCUGUGGGAGGCUCGCCGGUCUGUCUCUCGUCUGUAGCGCUCAGGUGCGCUUCAUCCUCAUUCAGAGGUGAAAACUUUCCGAAACCGCUACCAUGGAUUAUAAGAUAUCAGCAGGCAGUCAUUUAUGAAAAUACAGUGAAAUAUGUUGAAGCAUCGCGGCAGCGUCGGAGGAAAGCCCGAUUAAAGCCGUUAAAGUCCUCUGUGACGGUAAGAGACCGAAAACUCAGUUAUGUUUUUAACUCGGUGAAACGGGAACUUAAACUUUGGAUGUUCGAUCAUUUGUGCUGUUUUUGUGGCUAUAAUGUGGCAUACAUUGCGUCACCUGUUGGUUAGAUAUGAUAUAGCAAAGUUUUUUUAUACAUAUAUUUAAAGUUUUAUUUUAAUAAGACCUAUAAAAUUUCUCAAAAUAGACCAAAAUGGGCUUGCCUUCUGUUACUGUUUUCAAAUUGAAACUUUUACUCUGAAACAUAGCCUGUAAGAUCGUUUAUGUUCAUUUUAAUUUGUCCUGCUGCUGAAUAAUCAGAGAAGCACAUAUAACUUCAGUGUGCAGGCACAAAGUGAAGUCAUGUUUUAACAACAGCCCUUAAACUGAAACUCUUUGUGCCUCAUUCGUACAAAUUCAUGUGUCCCAGUCUGAUCCCCUAGUUGUGAAGUAAUUCCACUCCACCAGUCAACCUGGUGGAGUGGAAGUACUGAAGACCCAGGCAAAUAUGUUGCAUUACUUCCUGGGGGAUCUGAAAUGUUAGUCAUCAAAUGUUUCCAUACAGCCACAGCAAACUCACAAACCGGAAAGACUUUUGCAAAAUAUGCAGCACACUCUGCUCUCUUGGCCACAGUACAGAGAGGUAAGAAAAACCCCCCAGUUUGAGACAUGAAAUAAAACCACAGUGAAUCUACUGUAUACUUUCUGUUUAUGGUCAGACUGGAGCAUCUUACUCUCUAGCCUGCUUACAUAACCGCUGUUUGCUAGACUGCAGGUUGAACAUGUGCAAACACUUUUUCUUGUUUUGCCUUAUCUUCAGGCAGACUCAAGAAAAAAGUAGAAGAAAAAGAAAACGCAAACAAACACUACGGCUCUCUAAAUGACUCCUCAGCACUUUCCACAGCUGAUGUAAGGCACAGUUGACAAACUGGGGAAACUGUACCAACAACAGUAGCUGCUUUUACCCCUAUAGUCCCGCAUCCAUGUAUAUAGACAGUGCAGGUACUGUGCGAGCUGUGAUGUGCGACGUGACGUGUCACUCAGAUGUCAUCGUGGUCAAAGGCCCCAGGUGUUGUCCUCAGGUAGCACCAACCAGGGGAGUAUUUGCUUUCAGACAAGGACAGCCACCAAUGCUCAGCCCUGGGUCUGAGUGUCUCGCUUUCACAAAGAUGCUUUUGAUAUCAUAAGCUCAGGACAGCGAUGCAAAUCAAAACUGCACCGAGAUCAGUUUUAACCUGGAGGGCGGUGAAAAGAGAGGAUAGACAGAAAGUGGCACUGAAAAUGACCUGCUGAGUGAAGAGGAGGGGGAAUUUCAGACUGUGCCCAAAGUUAAAAACAAAAAACUGCAAGACAGAUUUUCAUGCACAAAAAAGUGACUGACUGUAAUGAUGCAAAGCCAAUGGAAUUGAUAAUGAACCAUCAUUACCGCGGUGGUGAUGGAUUUUCAUCUUCAUGCGGAUGAUGGGAGCGGAUUCGAGUUUAUUAGCAGGAAAGAAUCCUGGCUCUUCCAUGCGAUCCGGCCUUCCAUUCUUCCACUAAUUAGAUUGAUGCGUCUGUUGCCUCGCGUGCUGGAAAACUCCAUUCAGAAUGAAUAAAACCGUGUCACAUAAUCGCGGGUAAAAAAGAUGAACAAAGGGGAGAAUAGUGCAAGGCACAAAAAUAAAUGCUUCGAGGCAUUUUCAUCUAGUCUGUACAGGAAUAGUAACUCUUAUCCAUUUAUCCACCCACACAACACAAGUACUUUUGCUCAGUACUUCAAGUCAGCAUCAAUUUUUUUCUGUAAUGUUGAAAAAGUCUGACUGUGUGUUCUUCUUUUGUUUCCCUCUUUGUAUUUCUCACCUUAUUCUUUAAUCAAGGUUUCCACUGACUUUUAUCUUUUACUACUCUCUCCUCUCUAUCUGGCUCUAAAGCUGGACUCUUAAACUCUUUUUUUCCCCUCCAGCCUUUCACACUAUCUCUCCAACCUUUUCUUCAACCAUCCCCUGUUCCCCCGUAGCUCACAUCCUCUCCUGCUCUCGCCUGUCCUCUUUCAGACCUUUACUUUCUUCUCUUGUCAUGUCUGUAUCCAUGAGGAACCCACCACAGCGCCGGCGCUCUCUAGGUCCCGUCUCGCCCAAACGCAUCUACAGAAACCUGUCCUUCAGACUCAGGGGGGGUGGAGAGUCAUCUGUUGCCGCCGACUUGGAUGCGCCUAAACGCCCCAGCAAGUCUGCAGAUGCUUACAAGACCCUGUGGGAGGCAGUGGAAAAUGAGGAUACACUGGCUGUACAAAGGCUUCUGUCCAGAGACCGCAGCAGCGGUGGAGGAGGCGGAGGCGUGUGGGAGAAAGGAGAGAAAAAAGAGAGGGACUGGGAGAGGGACCGGGAGAAAGGGGUGAACAGAGUGAGUGAACAGGGGCUGGUCCCCCUGGAUGUGGCUGCCCUUACCCACAAUUCCCCGCUGCUUCAUGUACUGACAAAGGCAGGAGCCAGACACAACCCUGUUUUGUGCCGACCAGCGGAGUGGGCACUCAAGCUGGACGCUCUGGUGGCCUUGGCAGAUAAACGGACAGAAGAGAGGAAGACGGAGUUAGCGAAAAAGGCCGGGGCAGGCCCUCAGGCACAGGCUGAUCUUCAGAGGCACAUCCAGCUCUGGAGGCUGCGGCAGCAGCUGUACUAUCGGAUGAGAGAGAACUUCCAGAACACAGAGCUCCCGGGCUCCCCCAGUCAUGUGUCCAUCCUGGUGACGAGCACAUCAUCUCUGUUUGUGACAAUCAAAGAGCCAGAGGGGGACAUGGUGGGGCUCAUCACCCGCUACAGAGUCGAAUGGAGCACCUCGGCCAGCUUCAAACGCAUCCUCGGCACGGCCCAAGUUAUAGAGACCAAGAACCCUUCCUACGUUAUCAAGGGGCUGACGGCAGGAGUGCAUUACUUCGUGAGAGUGAGCGCCUACAACGUGAAAGGAUGGGGCCCGCCUCAGUGCUCCACUCCAGCCAGCGCUGCCCCCUCCAGUUGGAGAGAGUGCGCUGGUGUAAAGUCACAGCUCAGAAAUCACGAGGCCCUCGUGAGGAAGCUGCUGGAAGAUGCCAAGGAGUCGCAUCUUAGAGGAUAUUGCAUAGAGAGCUCGAAGCCCCAGAGUCCCAGCAAGCGUCUGUCAGUGUCUCGAGGCAUCAAACAACUGUUCCAGUCCGCCACCAAGUUUGUUCGUUUCCUACAGAGGGGGGUGUACUUGGCGACUGUGUUCUACCACAAGGAUAACAUCCUGGUCACAGCCGAAGAUCAGAUCCCACUGGUGGAGAUCCAGUGCUGCUCCACCUCCAUCACCCAAGACUUCCUUUGGCUUGCCAAGCUGUCCUGUGCAUGGCAGCAAGUGCCCUGGCUACAGCAAGGGCUUUCCUCCGCUCACUCAUCUCCCUCCUCCCUCCUUCAGAACAGACACAACAUUUUAAGAGCUGUUUCCCAGCUGCAGUCUUCUCUGGGAGCAGUGGACCUGGGCCAGAUCUACUAUGAACCCCUGAAGGAUCGGCAGGGCAACGUACUGCUAGUCACUCUGAAGGAAUUUCCAAACACUCCCAGCCCCCCCGACCCCCCGCUCCACUGGAUGCCUCUGGCACGCCUGGAAAAGAACCGCAGCAGAACGCCUCUGCUGCCUGAGCCCACCGCCAUGGACAUGCUCGCUGAGCAGCUCAAGGAGAAGCUGUCCUUUCACAGGCACAGCCUCCAGUGCGCCCAGCCGGGUCUGUAUGUGGGCAUCCUGAAACUGUGUAGCUCGGUGGAACAGAUCAGGGUGCUGGUGCCUCAGAGGUUGCCCAGUUUACUCUGCCACACACGGGUUCGGCACAACGCGCACGUGACCAGAGAGGAGUGGACGUGGCUUCAGAGUCAUGUUUACACUGCAGCCAAUGGCGGUGUUCAGAGUCUGUUGGACGCUGAGGACGAGAGCACGAUGGAGAGCAGCAGUAUGGAGGAAUUCGUCAGGUCUCUGAGAGCAGCAGUCACACAUCUCCUGACGAAGCUCAACAUCCCCCUCUACAGGGCGUAUCAGUACGGCGUGUACACCCAGGAGUUGCUUCAGUUUGGGGAUAACCUGUCAAUGCUGCUGCUGCUGCCUCCCAGUGAGGACUUCAGCUCCAGUUACUGGCCUCUGGUGGGGAUCAAGGAGCCCGGCCUCACCAUGCCUCUGCAGAUCUUUGAGCUGGUUCACUUCUGGACAUAUGAGCGGGAUUUCCUCUCACAGUACUGUCAGGCCUGGGUAAGGCUGGAGCUGGACACUCACCUUGCCCAGCAGGCUCUACGGGAAGCGCUGGAGACCAAAGAGGUGCAGGAAGCCCGGGAGCGGCUGAACCACAUCAGUGGGCUUUCACAGCGUCUGGAUGUGGUCUGGAGGGAUGCCCGCUGGAUUAUGGACUGUCUACAGUGUGUUCGGUCCAAGCAGUGGGUGGGGGCGGUGCCUUUAGGCCUGGUGAUGGGAGGAGACCCACCACCAUGUCCUGAUGGUGAGGAAGAGGAGAGUUUGACUGUCCGAUUGUCAUGGCCCCAUCGAUUAGCACAGAGAGCCAUUACAGAGAAUUCGGGCAGUGCGACUCCGCCAAACAUCGUCACCGCUGAGGUCUCAGCUCCAGCUAUCCCUGCAGAGGCUGCGCUGGUGUUGAUGGAGGGUGUCGUGAAGGGAGGGUACCCUGUAGACAUCACCACUCAGUUGCCUGCAGACUUGGCAAGUUCUGGCCAGUCAGAUUUGGGAUCUGGAAGUGCUUUAAUGGAGUCUGGAUUGAAGCCUGCUGCUGUUGCACAGCUGGAAGUGGACUAUCCAACUUUGGACACACAGGAGUCCUACAGCAGAGAACAGGACUUACCUUCCAGCAUCACUGAAGUAAUCCGGCCGAUGGAGAUGGCAGAGUUGGUGGACAUCUUGCCAACGCUGAGUCUCAUUGAGGAGGAGAACCCCUCAUGCCCAUCCACGCCAUCAGUAAUGGACAUGCUAGAGAGCUUUGGACUGGACAUUGGUGAAAGAAACUCCAUCUUUGAGUUUGGGAAUUCAGACCCAGUGGAUGGAAGCAGCUGCCCGUUGUCACAAGAACAAUACACGCCUGCCUCUUAUGGCACGGUGAAUGGCACAGAUGGUGAUGCGCCUGUUUCCACAGACGUUCCUCAAGACAAAGCAGAGACUCAGAAGCUUCCCAGUAAGGGGACGUGUCUUCCAGUAAGGAAUCAAGUGGAGUGGGAGAGACCCUCUAACAGCCCAUCCUGAUGUCAGCUUAAACACCUGGAUCCUUCAGACUUUAGUGUGAAUUUACAUGCAGAAAAUCCAAAUUUGACCCUGUGACUUAGACAUUCUCCUUGUUUCCUGAUCUUAAAUCAGUGUUUUAAAUGACAGGCAGAU